AUGCCAUCAGAUAUCAGAAGUUUCUUUGGAGGUGGAGGACCAAAGCCGGCAGCGAAGCCUAGUACACCAAAGACUGGUGAAAAGGACACCAAUGGCACCAAGGCAGCUACAAAGCAGCGGGGUCGUCCUCGCAAAGUUGUUUCUGACGAUGACGAUGAAGUAGUCGAGGCCAAACAGAAGAAGCCUUCGACACCGAAACCGAAAAAAACUGCCAAAGAAGCAGUUGAAGAGGAGACAAGUAGCUCAGCCUAUUUUGCCUCGACAAAGGCAAAGCCAGCGAAAUCCACUCCAAUCCGCACCAAGUCUACUGCUACGAACGGCACUGGCAAAACAACAACCCCCUCUAGUGAUCGCCGAUCCUCUAGGCGAACGGCUACGAAAUCUCAUAAAGAAGAUGACGGCGAUGAGCCGGUGGUCGUGGUCAAAGAUGAUCAUGAAGGCAAUGAUGAUAUCUUCAAUGACAUGAAAAGCAGGAAGGUCGACGAGGACUACGAUGAAGGCACAGAUGAAGAUGUCGCGACGCCACGGAAGAGAGCCACCAAAGCUGCCGCUGGCCGCGUCAAGAAGUCGAAGUCAGACGAUGAAGAAGAUCUGGAAGUGGCUCAUAUCCCUGCAUACGACGGGCCUGGUGAUAACAGGAGGAAGAAGACAACUGCCACAGCCGCCUCCAGUCGUAAGAGGAAGUCGAAGGACCUCGCUGAUAAUGACGAGCAUGACUACAUGGACGAGGACGAUGAUGCUACUCCCAAGAAGAAGUCGAGGAAAGCUGCUUCGACAACUGCUAGCAAGCCACGACGCUCAGCCAAGGAGGAAAAGGAAGAAACCAAAGAGCUACAAGACAUUUAUGCCAGCAUUCCCACAGUUCGAGCCCCGACUCCGCCGCCAAGAGAUGACACGAAGAAGUUCACGUACGGUGGUGGCAAUGCCAGUGUUGCGCCACCAGCGGCCGGCACCGCUGAGAUACCAGUUGGUGCUGAAAACUGUCUUGCCGGGUUGACAUUUGUCUUUACAGGGGUCCUGAACACUCUAGGUCGCGAUGAGGGCCAGAACCUUGUGAAACAGUAUGGCGGCAAAGUGACAACUGCUCCCUCCACGAAGACGAGUUAUGUUGUCCUUGGCUCUGAUGCUGGCCCCAAGAAACUUGAAACCAUUCGAAAACUCGGUAUCAAGACAAUCAACGAAGAUGGUCUUUUUGCUCUCAUUCGACAGCUCCCAGCCAACGGCGGAGACGGCAAGGCCGGUGAAGCCUAUGCCCAGAAACAGGCCAAGGAGGAAGAGAAGAUCCGAUUGCAAGCGGAAGAAGAAGCAGAACGUGAGCGCGAGAGACAAAAGCAGGCUGCCAAACUUGCCAAAGCUGCUUCGGCUGGGACUAGCACCCCAGCUGCAACAGCCAAAAAGGUACCAAGAAUGCAAGACAAACUAUGGGUGGACAGAUAUGCCCCGGAUGCCAUAAGCUCUGUUUGUGGAAACAAGAGCCAGGUAGAGGGUCUUCAACGAUGGCUUCGAAACUGGCCCAAGGCCGCCAAGUCCAACUUCAAGCAUGCCGGCCCUGACGGCAGGGGCAUUUUCCGCGCGGCUCUGCUUCAUGGUCCUCCCGGCGUUGGCAAAACCACAGCAGCUCACCUCAUCGCCAAACUCGAAGGUUAUGACGUGGUCGAGAGCAAUGCAAGCGAGACCAGAAAUAAAAAGCUACUGGAAACCAGUUUGGCUGGCGUUCUGGAUACCACGUCUCUCCUCGGAUACUUUGCUGGCGACGGCAAGAAGGUCGACGCCGCAAAGCGCAAGCUCCUCUUUAUCAUGGACGAGGUCGAUGGCAUGUCAGCCGGUGAUCGUGGCGGCGUCGGUGCUCUGGCUUCUGUGGCCAAGAAGACUCAUGUCCCGAUAAUCAUGAUCUGCAACGACCGGGGUAGUCAGAAGAUGAAACCUCUGGUACACGUUACGGCAGAGUUCAAGUUUAUCAGGCCGACCACGGAUAUGAUACGAGGGCGGAUUGCUACCAUCCUCUAUCGCGAAGGAAUGAAAUUGCCGAUGCCAAUCAUCAAUGCCUUGAUCGAAGGGUGUAAUGGCGACAUCCGUCAAAUCAUCAACAUGAUCUCGACUGUCAAACUUGACAACAAAGACCUCGACUUCAGCGACAGCAAAGCCUUAACAAAGGCAUGGGAAAAGCACGUGAUUCUGAAGCCCUGGGACAUCGUGAACAAGAUUCUGCGGCCUCAGAUGUUCUCUGCCAGCUCCACCUCGACACUGAACGAUAAAACCGAGUUGUACUUCAAUGAUCACGAGAUGAGCUAUCUGAUGCUUCAGGAGAACUACCUAAAAACACAACCCAGCCUUGCAGCCAACUACAAGGGCAAAGAGAGAGACAUGAAGUUGCUGGAGCUAGUGGACAACGCUGCCUCAAGCAUCUCCGACGGUGACCUGGUUGAUAGAAUGAUCCACGGUUCCCAACAACAGUGGAGUUUGAUGCCCACUCAUGCCAUCUUCAGCUUCGUUCGGCCCGCCAGCUAUGUCUAUGGCAACCUCAACCAAGGAGGAGCUGGCUUCCCUACCUGGUUUGGCCAGAACAGCAAACAAUCAAAACUGUCUCGCUUCGUCAAGGAGGUCCAGGGACAUAUGCGCCUGCGCACCUCUGCGGACCGCCAUGAGAUACGCCAGCAGUACCUUCCUGCUCUGUGGAGCAAGACUGUUGGGAUGCUGAAAGACGAAGGCAGAGAUGCUGUGCAGGAUGUGAUCGACUUCAUGGACUCAUACUACCUGACGAAAGACGACUUUGAUGCCGUCAUGGAGCUGGGUGUCGGAGAGUUCGACAUGGAGAAGAUCAAAAUCGAAUCUGCUACAAAGGCACAGUUUACCAGACUCUAUAAUGGGCAGAACCACCCUAUGCCAUUUGUCAAAGCGAGCAACAUCUUGGGCAUGGCCAAAGCAGGCGGCGCCAAACGAGAGAAGCCCGACUUGGAAGAAGCCGUGGACGAAUCCGAGGGCGAAGAGGUCCUGGCCGACGCUGAAGUUGUCGACGAGGAGGACGAGUUGGAUCUGAAGAAAGACAAAUAUAUCAAGCCGGCAAAGAAGAAGCCUGCACGUGCUUCUGCUGGUGGCGCGGAAGCGAAGGGCAAGGGAAAGAGGAAGAAGGCUGGGGACAACGACGAGUCGGAAGCUGAGAGCGAAGAGGAGCCGAAAAAGAAGCGAGGUGGCGGUGGUCGAGGUCGUGGGGGUGGUAGAGGCAGAGGACGAGGAAGGGCUUGA